AGAAGACUGACAUAAGCAGCUGUUCGGCUGAUGAAAACCCGUCGGCUUUGUAAACUCCGACUGUUGACAUGUGCACAACCUAUUAGGUGCUGAAACAGACCAGGGGCCGGGCCGGGGGCGGUGCUGGCAGCCGGGCCGGGCUGUGCCGAGCCGAGCCGAGCCGAGCCGAGCCGAGCAGUGCCGCGGGCACAGCAGCAUGUCGCCGCUCCGCGUCUGCAUCGUGGGCUCAGGGAACUGGGGAUCAGCCAUAGCAAGAAUCAUUGGCAAAAAUGUCCAGAAGUCCAACAGAUUUGAUCCCACUGUCAAGAUGUGGGUAUUUGAAGAGAUUAUCAAUGGAAGAAAACUCUCAGAAAUAAUCAACCAGGAACAUGAAAAUGUUAAGUAUCUUCCUGGAUACAAGAUACCUAAAAAUGUGGUGGCUGUACCAGACGUGGCUGAAGCAGCAAAUGGGGCAGACAUCUUAGUAUUUGUUCUACCACAUCAAUUCAUCGGACGAAUCUGUGAACAGAUUGCAGACCAGAUAAAACCUGGAACAUUUGGGAUUUCACUGAUCAAGGGGAUUGAUGAGGGUCCUGAAGGCCUGAAGCUCAUAUCUGACCUCAUUCGAGAGAAACUGAAAAUAGAAAUCAGCGUGCUUAUGGGGGCUAACAUAGCCAAAGAAGUGGCUGAUGAAAAGUUCUGUGAAACCACCAUUGGGUGCAAAAAUGAAAACCAAGGGCAGAUCUUUAAAGAAUUAAUGCAGACCCCCAAUUUCAGGAUUACCGUGGUGCCUGAUGUUGAUACAGUGGAGAUCUGUGGAGCCUUAAAAAACAUUGUAGCAGUAGGAGCUGGGUUCUGCGACGGACUGAAUUUUGGUGAUAACACAAAGGCAGCAGUUAUACGUUUAGGCCUUAUGGAAAUGGUGGCCUUUGCCAAGAUGUUCUGCAGGGGACCGGUAUCGAUAGCCACUUUUCUGGAAAGCUGUGGAGUUGCUGACCUAAUCACUACCUGCUAUGGAGGACGCAACAGAAAAGUAGCGGAAGCCUUUGCACGCACAGGAAAAUCCAUAGAGCAAUUGGAGAAUGAGAUGCUGAAUGGACAAAAACUACAAGGUCCUCAGACUUCGGCUGAAGUCUACAAGAUUCUGAAACAGAGAAGUCUGCUCGAUAAGUUUCCAUUAUUUACAACCAUCUACAAGAUUUGCUACGAGGGUAGAUCGAUCCAGGAUUUCAUCUCAUGUCUGCAAAACCACCCAGAACACAUUUAGAAGUUUGCUCUCCUCAUCUGGUUGUGCUCUCAUGUUUUCAGGACUUCUAUCCACUCCACAGCAAAUAAAGCAGACAAACAGGUUGUGUGGCAAUGCCUGCUGUAAAAGCAACACAGAAUGUAUUUCAGUAUCCUCUUUCUGGGGGUGAAAAUCUGCCUUUCAGCAUUAUAUCCGAGAACAGGAAUCGAAUGUAAAAACAUAACAGACUUUGAUUUGAGUUAGCAAUUUAAACAUUUGCCUACAGUUACUUUCAUGUUGAUUUCAAACAGUGCCCAUUGUAAUUUUCAUAACAGGAGUUAAUUAAUGCACGUGAACCUCAGCAUUGUGCCUACUAAUGCUAGUUACAGAACAGCACAAGAUGCCGAACAGUUGAAGAUCAAAAGAAUUACAGAUAAAAAAGUUCUUACAGCAGUAAGAUGCAGUCACAUAGGCAAAUAUGGGUUUUUGUAAUUCCCCCUCAAACACAAAUAGUAUAACGUUUUGUAUUUUGUGACAUUUAGUCUGUGAUUUUGUUUCAAAGUGUAAGCCACUUUGGAAAAAUAGGUAUUGUUACUGUGCUCAGCCAUACGCGAAUGUUUAGCAGAUGUAUAAAUAAAGCAGUUUAAGGGGUUGUGGUGGGAAAGGAAAGAAGGGCUUUUUUAAGUUGUUAUUAUUCAGGACACUAGGAAUUUUCAGUAGUGAUCUGACUUUCAUUGUACUUACUGUAUUCUGUUGAAAUACAGGGAAAAAAAUGGAAUAACCAAAUACAUUUAUUUGAGCGUCAGGA